UUAUUGUUAUUUCAUUAUUCACAGUUAUGUUUAUUAGUUUUUUUAUUUAAUUGCAUUAGGCGGACUCUAAGAACGUGAAACCGUUUUCUCAACGGCCGUCUAGUCAUGUGUGGGUGUCGUUGUUUCGAGUGUACCCGAGGACGGCCGAAGAAGCUCGAUGGUGACGUAGCCGAGUGACGCGCUCAGCGGUGGCGCGCGAGUGUGCGGUACGGGACUUGCAAGCCGGACUCGACAGCAGGAGGAUGGUUCGGUGCGACCGUCUGGCCCGCGGUGUGGCAGCGGCGCGGAGGCGCGUUGACCACCAGCUGGGGCCCCACUCAACAUGCUCAAAAUGCCACACUUGAAAAGCGAUAUCUUCAAGAUGAACCUAAGUCUACCAUUGUAAAUAUGGAGCAUGUUGCAGGGAAAGUUUUAUUUGGUGCCCAACUUCGAUGAUGGUGAGUCAACAUGUCAUUUUUCAUCUUCUCUCUCUGUGGAUCCAGUAGACAUUGGGAACUGUGUUGGACCUGGUUUAUCUUCAAAGUUAUCAAAUGAAGAAAAAUAUAAAUUUCCCAAAGAAAAUUGGACCCCUUCCACAUCAUUUUCAUUUCCAUUGGUUUCUCAAGGCAACAAAAAUAGAAAAUUUAGAAGGGUUUGGUUUGUAACAUAUCCUUGGCUUGCCUAUAAUGCUAAGGAAAAUGGUGCAUAUUGUAAGAUUUGUGUACUCUUUGGUCCUGACUGUGGUGGGAAAGGAAUAUUUUGCAUCAAGCCAUUAAUCAAAUACAAAGAUGCAAUAUCUGACUUGAAAAAACAUUCAAGUUGCAAAUACCACAUUCUUGCCAUUCAAAAAUCUGAAGAUUUUUGUAAUGUUUUUGAGGGUAAAAUAUCUAGUGUUGACAUUCAGUUAGAUACAAGAGCUAAACAACUGAUUGAAUCGAACAGGCAAAAGUUGCUACCUAUUGUCAAAACCAUUAUAUUUUGUGGUUACCGAAAUGAGUCUGGUGGGCUGUUAGAUGAAACAACUGAUUCAGAAGUAAAUGAAGGGAACUUCAGAUUGUUGUUGCGUUUCCGAAUCGAUGCAGGUGAUACCAUUCUGAAGGAACACAUUCAAAAUGCACCAAAAAAUGCAACUUUCAUAAGUAUGACAUCUCAGAAUGACUUGAUUGAAUGUUGUGGAAAUAUUAUUGUUGAAAAAAUCAUUGCAAAAAUUCAGAAGGCUAGAUUUUUCUCAGUUCUGGCAGAUGAGACCACAGAUUCGAGUCAUUCUGAGCAGAUGUCCAUCAGUAUUCGGUAUGUUGACUUGGAGUCGCAUCCACAUGCAGUGAGGGAGGAUUUCAUUAAAUUUGUGAAAGUCAUUGAUCUUACUGGAACGUCAUUAUCUAACACCAUUGUCAGUGUUUUAGUUUGGAUAAUCUAAGAGGUCAAGGGUAUGAUGGAGGCAGUAACAUGCCAGGGGCAUUCAAGGGAGCUCAGAGCUAUGUUAGUGAGCUACAACCACUCGCUAUAUAUGUACACUGUUACAGUCAUUGUUUAAACUUGGCUCUUGUAAAAGCCUGUAGGAAUCAAGUGCAAGCAGUGAGAAACAUGAUUGGUGUUGUGGAAGAAACCACUAACUUUGUGAGGGACUCACCGAAACAAUUAGAGUUGCUCAAAAAAAUACAAGAUCACUGUCCAGAUGUAACAGGAGGAGAAACACUCUUGUCACUAAGAAAAACUCGGAUUGACCGUCAUGAGGCCAUUUUAAGGUUUCAGGAUCUCCUACCAGCAGUUAUUUCAUUUUUAGAGGAAACAAUUACACUAAUCACUGGUGAAGUUCUUGUUAAGGCCAGCGGACUGUACCAUUCAAUAAUGAACUUUCAAUUUAUUCUUGCUUUGCAUGUCAUUGUCAGUGUGAUGAAAUGCACUUUACCCUUGUCAAGACAACUUCAAAGUCCAAAGUUAGAUAUUGGCCAAGCAUACGACAUGACAAAAGCUACAGUGUUAGCGAUCGAAGAGUCCAGAAAUGAAGAACACUUCAGCAGGAUAUUUAAGGAAUGUGUGCAAUUUUCUUUGAAAAACUGUAUAGAUGUAAAAAUUCCAAUAAUAACUUCAAGAAGCACCCAUCGAUGUAAUAUUCUUGAAACAGACGUAGAAGCAUACUACAGAAUUGGAUUUUACUAUCCAUUUAUUGACUGCCUCAUUCAGGAAUUCCAGGAUAGAUUUGGAAAUGAUAAAAACGUUGUUACACAUCUUAAAGGACUAAUACCAGGAUUUUCAAGCAUAUUCAAUUACGAAAAAGUUAUGAAAACUGCCAAAAUUUAUGCUUCAGACUAGCCUGGAAGUCUUUCAGAACUUGAAGGAGAGCUCAGUACAUGGCAUUUGUUGUGGUGCAACAAUGAACAAAACCAAAGUCAGCUGUUGAAACCAUUAUGGCAUCCUCAAAACAAUUGUACCCUAAUGUGAAGACUCUCCUAAUGUUAUACCUUACAGUGCCUGUUACGUGUACAGGGGAAAGAUCUUUCUCGACUCUCAGAAGAAUAAAAUUGUACCUGCGAUUGACUAUGGGGCAGGAAAGACUCAAUGGUUUAGCUGCACUUCACAUUGAUAGAGACACUACUGUGGAUCACAUUCAAGUCGUGGAAAAGUUCGCGAGGAAGCAUUCAAGGAGAAUG